AUGAAGGAGGCACCCGAGUCCCGGGCUGACAGUUCACCAGAGAAGUCCUGCUUUAUUCAACGACUGCGCGGGGAGCUGCUGAGCCCGUGCCGCUGCGAUGGCUCUGUCAAGUGCACGCACCAGCCAUGCCUCAUCAAGUGGAUCAGCGAGCGGGGCUGCUGGAGCUGCGAGCUGUGCUACUACAAAUCUGAUGCUUGGCAGGCCAUCUCUCUGACGGUCAUUGAGAAGGUGCAGAUUGCAGCUGCCAUCCUGGGUUCCCUCUUCCUCAUCGCCAGUAUCUCUUGGCUCAUCUGGUCGACCUUCAGUCCCUCGGCAAAAUGGCAGCGCCAAGAUCUCCUCUUUCAGAUCUGCUACGGGAUGUAUGGCUUCAUGGACGUGGUGUGCAUAGGUCUCAUCAUUCAUGAGGGACCCUCCGUGUACCGCAUCUUUAAACGGUGGCAGGCUGUCAACCAGCAGUGGAAAGUGCUGAACUAUGACAAGACAAAAGACCUGGAGGAUCAAAAGGCAGGAGGCAGGACAAACCCCCGGACCUCCUCAUCCACCCAGGCCAAUAUCCCCUCCUCUGAAGAGGAGGCAGCAGGCACCCCUGCCCCUGAGGAGGGCCCAGCCCGGGCCACCAGCCACCCCUCAGCUCCUCUGUCCCAACACCACUGUGCUUACACCAUCCUGCACAUCCUGAGUCACUUGAGACCUCACGAACAGCGGAGCCCCCAGGGCGGCAGCCGAGAGCUCGUCAUGAGAGUGACGACGGUGUGAAAGGAGAGACUUGGGAGGAAGGCUGUGACCGUGCCAGAGAAGGAGGCUGGGCUGGGAGGGGGCCAGGGAGCAGGCAAGUGGAGUCCAGGUGGCACCCCAGGGGCCAGAACAGAGAGAGCAAGCAGAGGGUAGUGGGCCUUGAGGGAGCCGGGGAGCAGGGGCAGAGCUGGAGAGGGGCUGGCACCUGAAAGGGUUCUGUGAUUUGCAGUCAGUCAGUGCCAUUCUCCAACAACAAUAGCAAUGAAAACCAGUACAAAUCAACAACAAAGUGCAAUACGGUCUGAACCUAACCGAAUAGAACAGAAUCAUCCAGGUGUACCCAUCGGCAAGGCACAGGGUGAAGCAGAGGCUGUGGGUUGGCCUGGGUGGCAUGGCGGUGCCCGCAGGCACAUGUGCAGCAGAGAGGGAAUGCAAAGGGGAUUGAGGGGAAAAGCAUGUGUCACCUGCUCUGUUUUAACCUUGAGUUUGUCUUUGUUUCUCCCUGGGCCAUCUCCUGUGGCUGUUGGGGGUGGGGGAGGGACGGGUGUGGGCUGGCAGGGAGGACAUAUGCCUUUGGGCUUCUGGGCUCACCUGGGGGGGAGGGCAGGACUCA